GCUGGCACUCGCCACUCAGAUCGCCUCUGCACGACAUGCUGCGCGCCGCGUUCGCCACCGCCCGCUUUGGACCGCUCCUGGGCCGCCGCCUGCUCUCGGCCGCCGCCACCAGCGCCGUGCCGGCCCCCAACGAGCAGCCCGAGGUCUUCUACAACCAGAUCUUCAUAAACAAUGAAUGGCAUGAUGCUAUCAGCAAGAAGACCUUCCCCACCAUCAAUCCAUCUACGGGAGAGGUCAUCUGCCAGGUGGCAGAAGGAAGUAAGGAAGAUGUGGACAAGGCAGUGAAGGCUGCUAGGGCUGCCUUCCAGCUUGGCUCCCCCUGGCGCCGCAUGAAUGCAUCUGACAGGGGCCGGCUGCUGUACCGCCUGGCUGAUCUCAUUGAGCGGGACCGGACCUACCUGGCAGCCUUGGAGACCCUGGACAACGGCAAGCCCUAUGUUAUCUCCUACCUGGUGGAUUUGGACAUGGUCCUGAAAUGUCUUCGUUAUUAUGCUGGCUGGGCUGAUAAGUACCAUGGGAAAACUAUUCCUAUCGAGGGUGACUUCUUCAGCUACACUCGCCACGAGCCUGUGGGGGUGUGCGGGCAGAUCAUUCCGUGGAACUUCCCACUCCUGAUGCAAGCAUGGAAACUGGGUCCAGCCUUGGCAACCGGAAACGUGGUUGUGAUGAAGGUCGCCGAGCAGACACCUCUCACCGCCCUCUACGUGGCCAACUUGAUCAAAGAGGCUGGCUUCCCCCCUGGCGUGGUCAAUAUUGUUCCCGGAUUCGGCCCCACUGCUGGAGCUGCCAUCGCUUCCCACAUGGAUGUGGAUAAAGUGGCAUUCACAGGCUCCACCGAGGUUGGCCACCUAAUCCAGAAUGCUGCAGGCAGCAGCAACCUCAAGAGAGUAACCCUGGAGCUGGGGGGAAAGAGCCCCAACAUCAUCCUGUCAGAUGCUGAUAUGGACUGGGCUGUGGAACAGGCCCACUUCGCCCUGUUCUUCAACCAGGGCCAGUGCUGUUGUGCCGGCUCCCGGACCUUUGUGCAUGAGGAUGUAUACGAAGAGUUUGUGGAGCGCAGUGUUGUCCGAGCCAAGUCUCGGGUGGUCGGGAACCCCUUUGACAGCCGGACGGAGCAGGGGCCCCAGGUGGAUGAGACACAGUUCAAGAAGAUCCUUGGCUAUAUCAAGUCGGGAGAACAAGAGGGGGCAAAGCUACUGUGCGGUGGGGGUGCUGCUGCUGACCGUGGCUACUUCAUCCAGCCCACCGUGUUUGGAGAUGUGCAAGACGGCAUGACCAUUGCAAAGGAGGAGAUCUUUGGGCCAGUGAUGCAGAUCCUGAAGUUCAAGACCAUAGAGGAAGUUGUUGGGAGAGCCAACGAUUCCAAGUAUGGGCUGGCUGCAGCUGUCUUUACAAAGGACUUGGACAAAGCCAAUUAUCUGUCCCAGGCCCUCCAGGCUGGCACUGUGUGGAUCAAUUGCUAUAAUGUGUUUGGGGCCCAGUCCCCAUUUGGAGGCUAUAAGAUGUCGGGGAGUGGCAGAGAGCUGGGCGAGUAUGGCCUGCAAGCAUAUACCGAAGUGAAGACGGUCACCGUCAAAGUGCCUCAGAAGAACUCAUAAAGAAGUAUCCCAGCUUCCCUCAUCCUGCACCCAAAAGCCCAGCAAGGUCACAAGGAAGAAAACAACCCAUACAGACUGAAAAGAGAAAUCCCUUCACCAGAGUCUCUUGCCAGAAAGCUGGAAUUCGAGUUGAUAAACAGGGUGGGCUGGUGGGGAACAAUGUCUGUAGAGAGCUUUUCUUAACUGGGCCAAGGAUAUGGCUCAGGGGUUGAGCACUUCCCAGCACUGUAAAACAAAUGACCAAUAAAAAAAAAAUACACUGAUUGACUGCA